AUGGGUUCCCAAACAGUGUCCAAACUUCCAGCAAUAGACUUGACCAAGCAAAACUUGAAUCCUGGUUCAAGUCUUUGGGUCUCUACAUGCAGUAAAAUCCGUCAAGGACUUGAAGAAUACGGUUGUAUGGAAGUAUUGUACAACAAACUUCCAUUAGAAUUCCAUAACAAAAUCUUCGAUGCCAUGAAAGAAUUGUUUGAUCUCCCUAAAGAAACCAAAAUGAAGAACAUUAACCCUAAACCCGCCCACGGCUACAUCGGAAAAAUCUCAGCUCUUCCUCUCCACGAAGGCCUUGGCAUCGAGUACCCGACCGAUCUUCAACAAGUUGAAAAUUUCACAAACCUCAUGUGGCCGGCCGGAAACGACCAUUUCUGUGAACUGGCUUACGCCUACGCCAACAUAGCAGCAGAAUUGGAGAGAAUGUUGAUGAGGAUGUUAUUUGAAAGCUAUGGCGCAGAGAAACACCAUGAAUCACACGUAGCAUCAACGACAUAUCUUCUUCGUUUCUUGAAAUACAUAAAAUCACAGGAAGAUCAAACAAAUAUUGGUUUCAAGGGACACACCGACAAGAGCUUUAUAACCAUCCUUCAUCAAGAUCAUGUCAAGGGACUUGAACUAAGAACAAAAGAUGGAGAUUGGAUUAGUUACGAGCCUUCCCCUUCGUCUUUCCUUGUAGUCGCGGGCGAUGUGUGCAUGGCAUGGAGCAACAAUCGAAUAAAAUCGUGUUAUCAUAGAGUGAUCGUGAACGAAGAAGAAGCAGUUAGGCACUCGCUCGGAUUUUUCACAUUCCGGACUGGACUAAUACAGCCACCGGAGGAGGUAGUCGACGAUGAACAUCCAUUGCAGUAUAAACCAUUCGAGCAUUCUGAACUCCUCAAAUUCUAUGUUGCAAGCGCUACUCAAGACAAGGCAGAUCGCAACAUGAUGAAAGACUUCGCUGGGGCCACUUAA